AUUGGCUUAAUAAAACUCAAAAUUUCUUACGUUUCAUUCAUCGCCAAUUGAAUAAUAACCUUUUCAUUAAUCUUUUCCAUUGUCAUUGAAAAAUGUGAUCUUAUUCAAAAAGUGACUAUUUUCAUGGAGUUGAAGAUCAAAUUAAAAAUCUUUCCACAACAAUAAUAAACCUCCUUAGGUUGACAACAUUCAAUUGAGAAUUGAGUAUUUCUUUGUCUUUCCUCUGAAAAGAUCAAUCUAACCAAUUUCCAGUGAAUAACAAUUGGAAAACAAAGAAUAAUUAAAGAUGAAAUAUUAGAAUUAAAGAGAAUCUAAAUUGUUCAAUUGUCCCUCUUCUCCCUUCGUAAGAACCAUGGUAACCACAUGUUCUCCCUGGUUGUCAAAGGCGCGAACGAAGUCAUUGUCUUUUUAAUCUCUUUUGUUCAAUUUCUUAUUCUACUGUGAUUCUAUUUUCUCUCAUUUGUGAUUAAUCAAUUGUUCCAUCAUGGGUAUUACUGGUUUAAGUAAGUUAAUUGCCGACAUUUGUCCAUCGGCAAUCAAGGAAAGUGAAAUGAAAUCGUAUUUCGGAAGGACAGUGGCCAUUGAUGCAAGUAUGUCUAUCUACCAAUUUAUGAUCGCCAUUAGAAAUCGUGAUCAAAUGAUGAGUAAUGAAUCUGGAAACACUACCUCUCAUCUUAUUGGACUAUUUUACAGAACCAUCAAGCUUUUGGUAGAUGGUAUCAAACCAAUCUAUGUUUUUGAUGGAAAAGCACCAGUGAUGAAAUCAGGUGAACUUGCCAAGAGAAUGGAACGUCGAGCUGAAGCUGAGGCCAAACUGAAAGAAGCGAAAGAAGCGGAAAAUGUUGAAGAAAUUGGCAAAUUUAGCAAGAGAUUAGUGAGAGUUACCCGUCAACACAAUGAAGAAUGUAAAAAACUUCUUACUCUUCUUGGUAUUCCAAUAAUUUGUGCCCCGAGUGAAGCUGAGGCUCAAUGUGCUCAAUUGUGUAAAGAAGGUCUUGUCUUUGGUGUUGCCACUGAAGAUAUGGAUGGUCUAACUUUCGGUACUCCAAGGUUGAUUAGGCAUCUUAGCUCAGGAAAUACCGAUAAAUGUAAAGAGUUCAACUUGGAUCGUAUUUUGGAAGGUUUAAAUUUAACUUACGAUCAAUUUGUUGAUCUUUGUAUCCUCAUGGGCUGUGAUUAUUGUGAAAGUAUCAAAGGAAUUGGUGGUAAAAAAGGGCUCGAUCUUAUCAAGGAACAUGGUUCAAUUGAAGGCAUAUUGAAAAAUAGAUUCAAUAUUACUGAGUUCAUAGAUCCUGAGAUUGAAUAUAAGGAAAAACUGAGAGAUGCUGAAGUAAAGCAAGAAGAUGAUACUGAAAAUGAUGGUGAAAAUGGUAAUCUUGACAACGAAAUCAAAGAUGAGAAAGAAAAUGGAGUAGAAGAAGCUCAUGUAAAAGAAGAGGAAAAAUUGGACGAAAUGGAGAUCAAGAAAGAAGAAGGAGAUGCUGAAGAUAUCGUUGGGGAAGAGAAAGAUAGUGAAGAAGAGAAAGAAGAACGAGAAGAUGAUGGCGAUGAUGACGAUGAAGAAAAAGAUGUUAAUCAAAAGGAAAAGGUUCGAAAAGAACAAAAAAGAAAAGGUGGAAGUCGAGAAUCUGUUCCAGAGGAUUGGCUAUUCAAAGGAGCUCGAAAGCUCUUCCUCCAGCCGAAUGUUUUGGUUAAUCAUUUCACAGAAAAAGAUCUUAAAUUUAAAGAGAUUGACGAAGAAGGAUUGAUCGAUUUCCUAUGUAGAGAAAAUGGUUUCAGUGAAGAUCGAGUUCGAUCUGGAAUCAAAAGAGUCAAAGAAUCGAAGGGCAAAAGCGCUCAGACCCGAAUAGAUUCAUUCUUCAAAGUUCUUCCAGCUAAAUCGCCGGUGAAAAAGGAUGAACCCGGUAAAACACCCGGAAAACGAGCAGCACCCGCCGCUAAAAGCUCAUCAAACAAGCGAGGGAGAAAACCAAGAUAAUCUAAAGAUCCUAAUGAUAAUUACACGAAAACAUAAUACACAAUUAACCAUCUUGUUAAUCAUUCAAUCAGAAAUCAUCACCAAAGUUAAUCAAUUUGUUUUGUACUCUCAAUCCCCAUGGUAAUGAACAAAGUUCAUUACCAUCUCAACCCAUCACAUAACCUUAAUUCAUGAUCAAAUUUAAUUACCAUCAUCAAUCAUAACUCACUAAUUUGUUUUUCGUUCUCUCGUCAAUUCUCAAUUUCCUCUUAAUCACCGUUUCAACGGUAAUUGAAAAUAAACUUAUUUCGAUCUUUAAUUAAA